GGUUCACACGUCUCAACCACGAGCUAACAGCAAGACCUUCACCUGCCUACGACUACUAUCACCUAAUGAGUUAAAGAAGUUUGCUGGUUGAGUUCACUCUUUUAAGAAAUAUAAUCAAGAACAGAUUAUCUUUAUCGGUUAAGGUGGCUGUGAAAAGAAGUGAGAAGAAUUUUGUGAGUGUUUUUCUUCAUUGAGUUAUCAGGUGAAGCAGAAUGUCGCCAGCGGUAGUGUGGGCGGCGGUGGUGUGUCUUGCUGGUGCUCUUCACGCUGCCCAGCCCGACGACCCCCUUCCAUCCUGGGACAACCUGCGGGGUUUCCACCUCUUCUCCUCCAGAAACCUUCCAGACGACUCAUCUACGUCGCCCAGGAUGCUGGAGUACGUCCUUGACGAGGUUCAUGAUCCUUGGGUCCUUGUCAAACAUCACCCACAUGUAGGGCGCGACAGCACCUGGUCACAGCGCCUCGUCAGCGACACCUCUGGUAGCAAUCUUGUGGACCGCCUGCGUCGCCAGACUCGAGGGAAGCGCCAUGAGGUAGUGGAGGACACCAUGAACUACCUCCCACAGGAGCACCGGAAGGCCGAGAUCAUGAAGCGAGCCAUCAGUCUGUGGGUGACUCUCCACCCCCUCACCUCCGCCUCCGGCUCCCACGCCUCCACCACCAACACCCAGGACGGCGACGCCAAAACCAGGCGCCCGUACGGUCAACGUCUCCGCUGGGGCAGAUAACUUCGUACUCUCUCACGCCCACCACCACACCUUUUACAUGCCUACCACCACUACCACGCCUGUUACACGCCUACCAACACCACACCAGCUUGUUGUAUGUCCACCAUCAUGCCUACCACACGCCUGUCAAAUGACCCUCAAUAACAAGCCCACCACCACGCCUUCCACACGCCCUCUGCCACGCUUGCCACAUCCACUACCACGCCUCCCAUACGCCUACUACCACACCUGCCACAUGCCCACAUCACCACCCACAACCUCCCUCCCCCCAAAAAAUCCCACACCCACCA